ACAUUUCUCAAACAGAUCAUGAACAAUCUCCCCACUUCUUGUCUGGUCUUGUUCUUCCUCUUCUUCUUAUUCCACCCUCUUCCUUGGGCUCUAAGUAAAGAAGACCUAGGUUGGUGUGAGGCUCUGUUUCAGUGUGGUAACAUCACUGCUGGUUUUCCCUUCUGGGGUGGAAAUCGUCCCAAACCUUGCGGUCAUCCGUUGCUGGAGCUUCGCUGCCUAAAAGACGUCACCUCUUUAAACAUCUCAAAUCAUGAGUACAACGUUUUUGAUAUAGAUCAAACAUCUAACACUCUUAGACUUGCUAGAACAGACCUUCUAGUUUCACAGUUAACGUACGUUCCAACGAGUUUCAUCCCAGAUGAAAAAGAUUUGAAUUUGACCCAUUUGGAAAGUGCUCUAAGAGAAGGGUUUGAGGUGAAGCUGAUGAUCGAUGAGAUACCGUGUCAAGAAUGUUCGUCCACUCGUGGAAUCUGUGGUUUCAACAGUACCACACAGAUUUGCUGCAACGUAACCUCACCAUCUGGUGGAGUUACUUGCGUACCACAACAUCAACCUAGUGCUGAUUUGCUUAAGAAACGCUGCAGUAAACGGUUUAGCUGCGGCAAUCAGCGAGAUCUCUAUUACCCCUUCUGGAUACCUGGCAGGGAAUACUGUGGCCACCCUGACUUCAAGCUCGAUUGUAGCAGAGGAUUCGCAGAGAUUAACAUCGCCUCCGUGAAGUUCAGAAUCUUAAAUAUGAGCUAUGGCUCUUCUAUCAUAAGACUUGCCAGAUCAGACUAUAUCGGCGAUCUUUGUCCCCCAAACCCACUAAAUGAGCCACUCAUUGAAAACGUCCUUCAAUUCAGUGCUGACACAGAGCUGUUAACAUUAUAUUACGACUGCCAACUAAACUCAUCGGUUAUUUCUACAACUACCUACAUUGGAGAGCUUGGCUGUGAUGGUGGAAGAAGUUACUUUGUAACGAAAAACCUCUCAUCUCCUUUACUUGACAGGUUUAGAGGCGUUUUAAACAACUUAAGGGGAAUGUGCAAAAGAAAAGUCAGUGUUCCUGCUUCUGGACCGGCGUUAAACACACUUCAAAGAAGUCCAAAUUCAAAUAACCUAAAGAUGGCUCUUGAACAUGGUUUUGAGCUUGAAGAUAACUCAAAUUGUUCGAUAUGUGCUUUGUCUGGCGGUUCUUGUGGAUAUAAUCAGAACUCAAGUUUGUUUGUGUGUUAUUGUAAAGAUGGGCCGCAAGACUAUCAAUGCGAUUUUAACCUCGAUGAUUUUAUUCGGAAUCGAAUAGUUGUUAUCAUCAUCGGCAUUCUUGUAGCUUUGUGUACAGUAGCUGGUUUUAUUGCUUUCCUAGUGUUAUUGUGCCCUUGUUGCAAAGUUCGAAUUUUCCGAAUGAGAAAAACAUCAGAUGAGCGGCGACAAGAGAAGCUAAAGGCCCUUAUUCCACUCAAACAUUAUACUUAUGCGCAAGUGAAGAAAAUGACAAAGUCAUUUGCGGAAGUGGUUGGGAGAGGCGGAUUUGGAAUUGUUUAUCGAGGAACACUUAAUGAUGGCCGUGUUGUUGCGGUUAAGGUCUUGAAAGAAUCAAAGGGUAAUAAUAGUGAAGACUUCAUCAAUGAAGUUUCUAGCAUGAGCCAAACAUCUCAUGUCAACAUUGUUUCUCUUCUUGGAUUCUGCUCUGAAGGUUCAAAAAGAGCUAUUAUAUAUGAAUUUUUGGAAAAUGGGUCUCUAGAUAAGUUCAUCUCGGAAAAGACUUCAGUGAAUUUGGACUUGACGACACUGUAUGGGAUCGCACUAGGAGUUGCUCGUGGUCUAGAGUACUUGCAUUAUGGCUGCAAAACAAGGAUUGUGCAUUUCGACAUUAAACCUCAGAACGUGUUGUUGGAUGAUAAUCUUUCCCCCAAAGUUUCUGAUUUCGGACUUGCUAAACUAUGCGAGAAGAAAGAGAGCGUCAUGUCAUUGAUGGAUACAAGAGGUACAAUAGGAUACAUUGCACCAGAGAUGAUCUCUCGAGUUUAUGGUAGCGUUUCUCACAAGUCUGAUGUGUAUAGCUACGGAAUGUUGGUCUUCGAAAUGAUAGGUGCAAGGAAGAAAGAAAGAUUUGGUCAAAACUCUACAUCGAACGAAAGCUCGAUGUACUUUCCAGAAUGGAUUUAUAAGGAUCUUGAGAAGGCAGACAGUGAGGAUCUUGAGAAGGGAAAGCAUAUCGAGAAUGGAAUCAGCAGCGAGGAAGAGGAAAUAGCAAAGAAGAUGACAUUGGUGGGUUUAUGGUGUAUUCAGUCUUCCCCGUCAGAUCGUCCACCGAUGAACAAAGUAGUAGAGAUGAUGGAAGGAAGCUUGGAUGCUCUUGAAGUGCCACCUAAACCUGUUUUGCAACAAAUUCCUGUAGUACCUCUUCUUGAAUCUUCUUGGAUUUCAGAGGAAGGUUCAACAAUCUCUGAGAUUGAAAAUAAAAACCUUCAAUAUACAAGAACACUAUUCAAAAGUUGCUACUUCCGUGCUUUGAUAGGUCAUGUGGGAUUUUGCACAACAGGUUUAGGAGGGACUUCAAGAGCAUCAGAUGAUUUUUCUUUCUCAAAAUCUUGGCUCGGCAACAUCGGCAAAGAAACACCAAGGAAACAAUAACACCUGAUAGUAAAAACCAAUGUAGAAA